AGGUGGAAUAUGGAGGAGGACAUCAGCGUCAGGAAGAGGGGAAUGUUGUACCUGCAACAGCAGAGGUUUGGCAAGAAAUGGAAGAAGGUGUGGACCAUCCUGUACAAGGAGAGCAACUGCUCCAUCUCCCGCCUGGAGUACUUUGAGUGCAAGGAUGGCAUGAGCACCCUGGAGAAGCCCAACAAGAAGCAGGACAGCAAGAAGGUGAUUAAGCUGAGCGACUGCAUCCGCGUGUCCGAGGUGGAGAAGAUGGAGAGCUGCCCUCGCGACUGCGGGCCUUUCCUGGUGGAGACCACCGAGAAGCUCUUCGUCUUCGCCGCGGAGCACGCCGAGUUAGAUGACUGGACUCAGAAGCUGUGUGAAACCGCCUUCCCGCCGAUGAACCGAGCCGAGCGAGGUGCCGGGCCCAGACGCGGAAGCCUUCCCAAGGUCCAGGCAGACACAGAGGGGGUCAGCAUGGAUAAUAACAGCCUGUAUGCCGACAGGGAAAUUGCGGCGAUGAAAGACUUCAAGGUGUGUGCGCGGCGCUCGGAGGUGGCGGAGAAGUGUGGGCUGAAGGGGCAGUACUUGAUGAGGACGGACUACGAGAGCCUGCUCCUGAAGGACCCCCGGACGGGAGAGGUGCUCUUCCGAUGGCCCUACCGAUUCCUGAGGCGAUUCGGACGCGACAGGGUGACGUUCUCUUUCGAGGCCGGGCGGAGGUGUGAGUCGGGCGAGGGCAACUUCGAGUUUGAGACCAAGCAAGGCAACGAGAUCUUCAAGGCGGUGGAGGCGGCCAUUAACCUCCAACGACCCACAAUGCCACGCAGGCAGGCGUCCGGGGGUGCCACCCCGGCCAUCUCUACCACUCACAGCACCACCACCACCAUGGACAAGGAAACAACAGUAGCUCCCCCUCCUAGCCCAGGUGGAGACCAUCGGACGUACCAUACAGUGAACAACAACCAUCCCAGUGGCCAGCCCUGCACCACAACCACCACUAGCAACACCAGCAGUACAAACAGCAGGUUGGGCCGCUCCCCUCCCGAGGCGGCCCCCCGCUCUCGCCUCGAUGCCCCCCCCUCCGCCGCCACCGACAAGCUCCUGACGGGGGUGAAGAGCCUGAAUCUGGACUGCCACGGCCGGCCCAUGCCACGCAAGAACCAGGUCAAGAACUUCCGCAGCUGCCCGCUGGCCAAGUCGGCGGAGGAGCAGACCUAUUCGCAGAUCACCAUGGCCAGCCUGGACCUCGGCAUGAUGGGAGGAGGAGGAGACGUUGGUGGAGGAGGAGGGGCCGGGGCCGGGGCAGCCCAACCAGCGCCGCGCCAGACCCCCAGGCCCCACUCGGCGGACGUGCCCAUCGUCGAGGACCCCGACUCGGACUACUCGCUGCCGUUCGACACCAUCGCCAAGAACGUCAUGGCGGACAUUUUGGCGACUGACCCGAAGACGGUAGCGUCAGCGGCGUCGAUACCGUCGAGCGUCUUGGACGACAUGGCGGACGACCCGCUGUACGACUCCAUCGACGAGAUGGCCAUCAGCAACGUACUGCGGAUCCGCGCCGACAGCCCCAGAGCCGCGACCAGAACCCGGACGUCCUCCUUCACUAAGGCGGCGGAACACAUCUACGACGAGCCCGAGGGCAUCGCCGUGCCCGCCAAGGGCCCGCCUCGGCCUGGUUCUGGCUCUGGCUCAACCGGGUCGAUUGUGGAGAUGGUGUUGGGGGGAUCGGGUGGUUCGGGGUCCGACUGCGCUCCGCCGUCGUUGUACGACGACCCCGAUGAGGUCAAAGGUCAGGCAUGGAGAAUGAUGGCGGAGGUGGGGGAGCUCAGCGGUCACGAGUACCCCUACAACCCCAACGCUGACGACUACGCAGUGCCCAAGCCGCCCCGGAGAGCCUUCCUCUCGCCUUCGCCAUCGCAAUCGUCAUUGUCAUCGUCAUCAUUGUCAUUGCAUGCCCAACAGGACUGCCAGAACACUCGUGACAGUGAUGCCACCACCGUCUCACCUUAUGACAAUGUUAAUAUGAAAAAGAAAUGAUACGUUUUUUAGAAGAAGAUACCGCACACUCUUGUCCAUCGUGCUGCAAUUUAUUAAGAAAAC